AUGUCCGAUACCAGUUCCAGAGCUGCUUCGAAAAAGGCCGAUGGUGAUGACGGCCAGGAGCAGCCUAAUAAAAGGAGAAGAAUCGCAUUGGCUUGUUCGGCCUGUCGGGCUCGCAAAUCACGUUGUGACGGCGCACGGCCAAAGUGUGGUUUAUGCAGAGACCUGGGCUUCGAAUGUACCUAUGUUCAGGCUGCAUCGUCUACCAAUGUCAUUGUGGGCAAAGAAUACUUCUCCUCAUUGGAGGACCGCGUGCAGCACAUCGAGGACACUCUGGAUGGCUUCCGGACUAGCAUCAAUGACUUGAAUCUCAACAUCACAGGGAGACCAGUCAAGCCAGAUGUCCCGCGUACUGCUGAGCCAGACAAUGAUCACAUGAUGGAGCCCGACACAGCUGUUGGUGACGACCAAAUCAAUGAGGUCUUCGCCCUUGGUGACGGCUUCAGAGCCAUGGAGCAAGAGACCGGCUUCUUCGGUCCAUCAUCUAACAUUGCUUUCCUACGUCAUAUCGCCAAAGCAGUCGGUAAGGUCAAGAAGGCGCCAAAUCAGCUACCCACCCCAGCUUCUGUUGAGUCUGACAACCUCGAUGGAGGAGUCCUGGAGAUACAACGGCCAGGUUCACCCAUCAGACAAGUCUUUCACACUCAGCGCAUAGAUGUUUUCACCCUGCCCUCAAACCAAGAGACACUGGGAUAUAUUGAGAGGUACUUUGAUGACCCUGGCUUUCUGUACCCUUUCUUACAUAAGCCAACGUUUCUUGCGACGUAUCAUGAGAUGCGAAAGAGAGACCCAAGGGAGGUUCCCAGAACAUGGCUUGGUUUACUGAACGUAGUCAUGACCAUGGCAACAGCAACGAAGCAGCCAUUCGACAGGAAUUCCAGUAAUUCUGAGGAGCGGUUCAAGGAAGCCGAAAAGUUCUUCAAAAGGGGCAUGAUGCUGUGCCAGAGACCCAUGAUGCGUGGCACAAGUGUCGAAGUUGUGCAAUUCUGUUUACUAGCCAGCAUGUAUCUCCAGGGGAGUCAAAAGUCCAUCGAAGCAUGGACCAUCCAUGGCCUUGCUGUCAAGGCUGCAUUUCAACUGGGUCUCCAUUCAAGAGAGGCCUCGCACAAGUACACCGGCAUGCAGAGAGCUCUUCGCAGUAGAGCUUGGUUCGGUUGUGUUCUGGUAGACAGGACGCUGUCCAUGACGUUUGGGCGUCCUGCGGCCAUCCCGGAUGACUAUAUUCGGGUUGAUCUGCCAGAGCCAUGGCCAGAAUAUGAACCUCCGUCAGCGAAUAGGACAGUCAAGGACAGCACUAUCUUCAUGAAUAUGACAAUACAACUUUACCGGUACAUGUGGCAAGCCAUUGACGAGUUAUACCAAAAGAACCUUGGCUCUGACAUGCCGUUACCUCUUCAGCAAACGGUAGCUUCCAUGCUCCGGAUAGACAAUGACAUGUCAACCUGGGAAGAGGCGCUACCAAGUCACCUCCGCUUACGAUCGUCGCAAACGAUCGCACUCGACAUGCACAAGCCACCAAUGCAUCACGUCGCCACCUCAGAUGAACGUUUGUCAUUCCUAUUGACCCUUCGAUAUCAUAACGUGCGACUUCUCAUACAUCGACCUCUUCUGGCCAAAUUCCUUGAUGUCUGUGCAAUAUCGGGGGGAGAUGCUACCGAGAUUGCCAUCUUAAACCAGCAUGGCGCAGCUAGUCUGCACGUCAACAUUCGAUCAGCUGCUGAGAUUAUUGAGAGUAUCCAUGCAGCGGCCCAUUCGGCGAGCAAACGACCAACGCUCGGGGCCUGGUGGUUCUCCCUGUAUUACACCUUCAAUGCUGCACUUGUACUCUUUGCUAGCCUGGUAGUAGUCCGCCCAGAGAACUUGGAUGCACCACCAGUUACCGAGGAGACCAUUACGCUUGCCAAGGAGUCCUUAGGGAAGGCACUCGAGAUCAUGGCGGUGCUCGACAAGGGUAAUGUCAUGGUCGACCGAUGUGCACAGUACCUUGGGCCGCUGGUCGCAUUUAUCAACCAAAUAUUCCAAAUCCCAGUUCCUGUGUCGGCCGAUCUGUUCCAGAGCGCCAUUCCGUACGGGGGCGUGAGCGGUGAUCCAAGCUACACGACGCUGCCGAAUGAUCCAACCCAGUUCAGCAUGGACUUUGGCGAGUUCAUGAUGCCUAGCGAUAUGGAUUGGAUGAGCUGCUACUUCAACCCGAACAAUCAGCAAAUACCGGGCCCAGAAUUUCCCAGUACGUGGCCCAGCAGCGGGCCUGGAGUCGGCACGAGUAUGGGAUAA